GCCGUUAACGGCGGCGCGGCGGUGCCGUGGCUCCAAAACAAAGGGCAGGCGGCCCGCGGGGCGGCGGCGGGAGGAUGUCUCGCGCUCUGCGGAGGCGCCAACGGCCGCAGCGCGUCCCGGGCCCUACUGGGGUCGCCUGAGAGCCGAUCCCGCGCUGACCGAGGUCCGGGCUGGAUGGGUGCUGCGGGCCGGGGCGCGGACCGCGGAGCGGCCAUUGUGACAUUUUUCUCUCGUCCCAGCUGUGUGGACAGUGCCACACGCCCUCUGAACAACAACGGCUCUUGCGUGCCUAUUCCAGUGUUUCUUCUGUCAGAGAGCACAGCAGAGCCGUAAUUCUUCCAGUGCCAGCCCAGAGCUGAGCGAGGAGUGCCCAGCAGAGAUGGUGAAGAUGACAAAAUCCAAAACUUUCCAAGCUUAUCUGCCAAACUGUCACCGAACGUACAGCUGUGUCCAUUGCAGAGCCCACCUGGCAAAUCACGACGAGCUGAUCUCUAAGUCCUUUCAGGGAAGUCAGGGGCGUGCCUACCUCUUCAAUUCUGUGGUGAACGUGGGCUGCGGCCCUGCAGAGGAGCGAGUCCUUCUCACUGGCCUACACGCUGUCGCAGACAUCUACUGUGAAAACUGCAAAACCACACUCGGGUGGAAAUACGAACAUGCCUUUGAGAGCAGUCAGAAAUAUAAGGAAGGAAAAUUUAUUAUUGAGCUUGCCCACAUGAUCAAAGACAACGGUUGGGAGUAGAGUGAGAACUUCCUGUUCUCUUCUGAAUACUAUUUUGUGAAAGAGACUGUAAUAUAAUGGAAAUGUAGGAGCGUCCUGGAUGAUACUUCUUGAACUUGAACUUCGCAAGCCACCUCUGCUGACCAUUCCUGUGGGUAAGGCUCCAUCCGGUCUGUCCUCUUCACGUGCGUGGUCAUUUCUGACAUGUUUCAGUGACCUUUUCCUAACGUCUCAAAUUCUAGAGAAAGAAUUAAUCGACUGAUGACUUAUCCAUCUAGUUAAUACCUUCUUUAACCUAUGCCUUUAAGAUAAAGUUUGGCUGUGCUCUUUCAUGUUCGAUAGAAACAGACCACGGGGACAAGGUCUCCAGAGAGCAGGUUCACCCGUCAGAGUGAGGGUGUUGUAGCCCACUCUUUUCCUCAUUUGCAAAAUUCCAAAUUGGAUAUUCCUCUUGCAGAUGAGCUCUUGUCAUAGUGCUCAUUUUAGAAUCUUCCAGAAGCAGUUAUCAAAUCUGUAUACAAAGGGUGUUUUUUUAGCCUUGUUCAAAAACAGAGGACACCACUGAUAUAUUUUAGGUAAGCUGUGGAGAAAUGUGUCUAAUGGAACCUCUUGGUUACUUAGGCCAAUACCUUCCUUGUGUAGAAAGCAAGUGAACAGGUCGUUAGCUAAGCCUGUUCCAGGCCCUGCAGGCGUAUGUCAGUCAGUCCCUGAGUGGCUGGUCCAUGGAGUAAUAGUUUAACACACUGGACUGAAUAAAUCAGAUUUCCUUUUCUACUCUGAUGUACUUGAAGAAAAAUAAUUAUUUGUGCGAAUGAAAGAGGCCAAAACUAACAGGAUGGACUUCCAAACAUGAGAUUUGCUAGAUUGUUUUAAUGUUUUCAGAAAAGGUUAAAGUUGCAAGACAGGUUUAAACUUUGUAAAUGAGAUGUUUGGUUUGCUCGACGGGUCCCCCUGCCCCGCCUGGUUCUGUCCCAUGGGCUGACACAGAAGGGACCUGGACGGUCCCCUAAGUCCUGAGUUUCCGCCACGUAGUUUAAGUUCCGAUCCACCCGUGCUUCUGCAGGGAGUGGGGCGCUAUGCAGGGGUUUGGGCCAGUUUGCAGAGAAUGGAGGCCAAAAAACAUUCCCACAUGAGUUUUGGUUUUCAGUGUUCUAACUCGAUGCCAGCUGGUGGGCCUGGCCUGGUGCAGCAGGCAUCUGGGGAGGCCUUUGGUGCGGUCACCAUGGCAUGAGACUCAUGGGAACCCAGCUCCAGGGGCAGGAAAAGGGCCUGGGGGAGGCAGGCCAAGAGGAGAGCGGGGUGCCCAGGUGAUUCCCAGCCUGUGGACGGCUCUGAAACUGCCCGUAGACAAUGUUAGUCCAGUGGCAAUGAGUGUUAGUUGGCAGGGGACAUGAGAGAAGGGAGGCCCCUUCCCUGACUCCCGCCUCCUCUGAACCUAGAGCCCGUUGCCCGUGCAGGCACUGGGCUAAACUGCCUGGUUCUGGUUCAGCAACUCACCGAGUCCCUUUCGGCCCCAUCUCUGCCUGAUUCAAAGCCUUGGAAUGUGGGAAACGUUGCAGCCCUGGGCACGGACGUCAGGGCAAGUUAGUGCACGGAGGAGCCCCUGACGCACACCUUCGACUAUGAAGGGAAGAUCUUUGUACAGCUGUGGAAGCCUCUGCGCUUAGCAGGCACUCCGGCCGGCUGCUGCUCUCUGAGCUGGUGUCCCCGCAGAUCUAGGCUGUCCCGGCUCAUCCCCGUGUAUCCAAGUUAGUGUUCAUCUGUGCAGCCGUCGAGCCUCCAGGGCAGGGUCAUUCACGUGGCACAGCCACUCACACGGUGCUCUUGCUGCCAUGGUCCAAAAUCUGAAGAUGCUUCACUUGCGCGCUGGCACGUGAAACAGUAAACAUCUGCGGCUCUGUCCUUAGUGAAAAUGUGGAAGGGACUGAAAGACACCUUCCUUGAGGAGUACCAAGCACUGACAACUUGGCCUAAACUGCCAUUUCCCUUCUCGUCUUGGUUCCUCUACAAACCUCAGUACUGCAUCUGGAGGCGAGGACCAGGGAAACGGGGCCGUGGGACUCGAACGGCGGGCGCUGAGGGCGGUGGCUCCUGAGCGCUUCUCCACAAGAUCUUCACUUAAACCGAAGAAUCUUCUAAAAUUCUUUUGACUGAUUUUUGUAUAUACUAAACUUAUAUUUAAAGCUUUUGUAUGUCCUGGGCAAGUUUACUGCUCCUUCGAUUUGAGCACUUUGGUUUUUGUAUCGUCUCUUGUGAUAGCAUUGAAACCUUCUCCUAGUGGCCCUAUGAACGUACUUGUAGUUUUUUGUAAUUGAUGCCAACACUCUUACCACUGUUUUGUUGGUCUUUUGCAAAAUCCAAGCUCCUUUUGAAACCAAAUGAACUGACCAUGAGCUGGCUUCAGGGAAGGACGUCCACGAGACCAUGAUGUGCUGGUAAAGUGCUGGAAUGUUCCACCCUCUUAAAUUCCUAAACAGUAAAUAUCAACCCUGACUUUUAUUUAAAUUAUUUAAAAUAUUUUUCCCUUGAGAGGAGUGGGAGGUGACGCCGGAUUAUAAAUGCAUUUAACUUAAACUACGCUGCGUCCUCUGGCGCAGUCCAUUUGCGUUAGAAAUGUGGUUUAGUUGUGUUGCCAUUUUAUAUACACGUACAUAUAGUAUUUUUAUACCUUAGCGCUUAUUGAUGGCAUCUGUCAGAUGUUAGAAAGGAUCAAAAAUGGGAAUUUUUCAAGUCAUUUAAUUUACUUGAUGACCUCACCAGAUACUUAACAAAAACCAAGUGGUUUUAAUAUCUGGAAAACUACAAUUUAAAAAGCUCCAAAAUGACCACAGAAAUGUAAACCCUCAUUUAUCAAAGGCGCCGGGCUGGCCUGUCCUCCCGCUAUGGAUCGGCUCCUGGGGCUGCAGCCUGGGCCGGCCCAGAGGUUUGCCCCUCGGAACAGGACUGCCAAGCUCAAGUGCACAAGCCUCCCUUGGCCUCCGUGUCCAGCAUUUGGUCCUGUGUCUGUAUGAGGUUUACAAAUAAAGCUUCCAUGUCCAAUG